UUCAAAAAUGAUGUUUAAAUUAAAUUUUAUUUUAUUUUUAUUUUCUAUUUUAUUAUUUAAUUUGAUAUUUGUGAAUGUAAACUCGCUAGAAAAUUCUGAAAAUUCUGAAAAUGAGAGAGGCAUAUACGCCGACAUCACCACCAUCAUGGAUAUGGUGGUUAUGGCUGGGGAGGCUAUGGUGGAGGAGGAGGCUGGUGGUGGCCUUGGAAUGGUUGGGGAUGGGGAAAUAAUUAUGGAUAUGGAUAUUACGGGCGCCGUUAAAAAUAAUUUUUUUAUGAAAAAUAUUUCAAGGAAAAAGAAACGUGAAAAAGAUUUUCAAAAAUUUAUUAUAUUUAAUUUUUAA